AUGGCAGACCAAUCCAACCAACCCCAACAAAUGCACAACAUCCAACACACCAACCUCGAACAAUUCGUGCAACAGAUUCUCAUCGCAAAUGGCACAUCACCAGCCCACGCAGCCAUAGUCUCCAAGUGCCUAGUCGCCGCCGACCUGCGCGGCGUCGACACACACGGCAGCAACCGCAUCCCAUCAUACAUGGAGCGAAUUCGACAAAAAGCCCUAGACCCAUCUGCAACACCAACACUCAACCAAGUAACGCCAGCAGUGGCGCAAAUCGACGCACACAACGGAUUCGGCUUCGUAGCCGCGCACGAAGGUAUGAAGCGCGCUAUUGAGAUGGCUCAGAUUUUCGGUAUCGGCAUGGUUUCCAUUAAGCACUCGAAUCACUUUGGUAUGUCUGCUUGGCUUGUGCAGCAGGCUUUGGACGCCGAUAUGAUGUCUCUUGUUUUCACGAAUAGUUCGCCUGCGCUGCCUGUUUGGGGUGGGAAGGAGAAGUUGAUGGGUGUUUCGCCUAUUGCGUGUGGUGCGCCGGCUGGGGAGGGCAGACCUUUUAUUCUUGAUAUGGCGCCUUCUAUCGCGGCGCGGGGGAAGAUUUAUAAGGCGUUGAGGAGGGGUGAGAAGAUUCCUACGGAUUGGGCGCUUGAUCGGGAUGGGGGGAGGACGGAUGAUCCUGCGGAGGCUUUGCAGGGUGUUAUGUUGCCUAUGGGUGGACCGAAGGGAUCUGCGUUGUCUGUUAUGAUGGAUGUUUUCUCUGGUGUGCUUUCUGGGUCUGCGUUUGCGGGACAUGUUACCAAUCCCUAUGAUCCGUCGAAACCGGCGGAUGUGGGACACUUCCUGGUUGCUAUCAAGCCGGAUUUGUUCAUGACUAUUGAAGAGUUCAAGGGGAGGAUGGACUAUCUUUACCAGCGCGUUGUCGAAUCUGAGAGAAUGGCUGGUGUGGAUCAGAUCUACUUCCCUGGGGAGAUUGAGAUCAUCACCGAGGAGAAGCGGAGGAAGGAAGGCAUUCCUUUCGCUGCGUCAGAGAUUGAAGCUCUGAGGAAAGAGGCCGACUUGGUCAACGUUGAGCAUUUAAAGUUGUAA